AUGCCUGCCCAGUGGGAAUUCCAGAUAGGACCCUGUGAAGGCAUUGACUUGGGAGAUCAUCUCUGGGUGGCCUGUUUCAUCUUGCAUCGUGUAUGUGAAGACUUUGGUGUGAUAGCGACCUUCGAUCCUAAGUCCAUUCCUGGGAACUGGAACGGAGCAGGCUGCCAUACCAACUUGAGCACCAAGGCCAUGCGAGAAGAGAAUGGUCUGAAGUACACUGAGGAGUCCAUCGAGAAGCUAAGCAAGCGGCACCAGGACCACAUCCAUGCCUACGAUCCCAAGGGCAGCCUCGACAACGCCCGGCGCCUAACUGGAUUCAACGAACCCUCCAACAUCAAUAAUUUCUCUGCUGGUGUAGCCAACUGUGGCGCCAGCAUCUGCAUUCCCCGGAUAGUUGGCCAGGAGAAGAAGGGUUACUUUGAAGACGGCUGCCCCUCUGCCAACUGUGACCCUUUUGGGGUGACAGAAGCCCUCAUAUGCACGUGUCUGCUCAACGAGACCGGCGACGAGCCCUUCCAGUACAAGAAGUAAGUGGACUUAGACCUCCAGCCAUCAAACCCCUCCCAGUUCUUCACCCCACUCCCACUUUUCCUGUCUCCCAAUUGUCCUAUGAACUGUAACUCAAAG